UUGAAUCCUCAACACACAAUCCCAAACAUAGCUGAUGAUGGAUUUGUUCUCUGGGACAGCCAUGCAAUCAACGCUUACCUGGUUUCAAAAUACGCCAAAGAUGACUCGCUCUACCCAAAAGAUAUCCAAAAAAGAGCUAUCAUCGACCAAAGAUUGCAUUUUGAAGGAUCUGUCCUUUUUACUCAUGGAGUGAGAUGUUUUCUCCCUCUAUUUUUCGGAUUAUCUAAAACCAUCCCGAAAGAUCAGAGAAGUCAGACAGAUCAAUACUAUGAGAUGGUGCACAAAUUCCUCGAAGGCAACACUUGGAUCGCUGGUGAUCAGCUGACUAUUGCUGAUUUCUCAUACAUUUCUACCCUCAGCGGACUUUCACAAAUAUUCACCGGCGUGGAGAAAUACAAGAAUAUUUCCACUUACAUGGAUCGCUGCAAGGAAAACAUGAAGGAUUAUGAUUCAGCCAAUCAGCAAGGAGUUGACAAAUACGUUGGUAUACUCAAGAACAUUCUACAGUCUGAAUAAUAUAAUUUCACAGAAGUCUGAGAGUUUUUCAAUAUUAAUAACAAGUUUAACGUAUUUUUUUAUAUUGUUAGUGUAGGCCUACAUUCUUUACGCGGUAAGUGUUUUGUCAUCAACAGAACUAAAUUAUUGUUAACUUAAUUGAAUAUUUCUUAAAAAAAUGAAUGCUUGUUGUCUUCUCCCAAUCAUAUUAUACUGUAAUAAUGAUUUGUGAUUUUCAAUGGAAUAAAUACAUAAAAUAGAUUGACAUGAGAAAGAAGAGACUAACGUUUGUUCAGAAUAAUUAUAUUCAUGUUUGAAUAUUAUUAAAUACAUAUUUGAAUAUGCAACAG